CGCGGCGGUGAAAGUUCAAAAAGCAAAACCCUUGAUUUGAUUUCCCCCCAAUUCGCGCAAACUCCGGCGAGCAAGAGAGAUGGCGUCCAAGGAUACCUACCGGACCGAGCUCCGCGCCGCCGUCCGCCACCUCUCGGACCGCUGCCUCCAUGCUGCAUCUAAGUGGGCGGCUGAGCUGCUCGUCGGCAUCGAGCCCGACCACUCCACCACCGUCAUUCCUCCGCCUUCCAUCGCCUCCUCCCGCGCGACGCCAUCCUCCUCGUCUUCCUCCUCCUCCGCUCCUCACCACCACUCUGCUUACGUUUCCAGCCUCCGCCGCCGCAUUCGCCCCUCACUGGAGCAGACGCCACUGGCCGGUGUCUCCUAUGUCAGGACUCCGGUCCCUGAUGAGGAUUUUGGAGAUGGUGAUAAUGAUAGGUAUCUCCUGGCGAAAUCUCUGUUUGAUUGCCGGGAGUAUCGGCGAGCGGCGCAUGCCUUACGUGAUCAGACGGGGAAGAAGUCGGUGUUUCUCCGGUGUUAUGCCCUAUAUCUGGCUGGAGAAAAACGAAAAGAGGAAGAGAUGCUUGAACUAGAAAAACCCCUAGGCAAGAGUGAUGCUGUGAAUGCUGAAUUGGUUUCUCUUGAGAGGGAGCUAUCUACACUCCGCAGAACUGGCUCCAUUGACUCAUUUGGUCUAUAUUUGUACGGCAUUGUACUCAAGGAGAAAGGCAGUGAAAAACUUGCUAUUACUGCACUUGUGGAAUCUGUCAAUAGCUAUCCUUGGAACUGGAGUGCUUGGUCAGAGCUGCAGUCUCUUUGCACCACAACUGAAGUUUUGAAUAACCUAAAUCUUAAGAACCAUUGGAUGAAAGACUUCUUUCUUGCUAGUGCAUAUCAAGAACUCAAGAUGCAUGAGGAAGCUUUGAAACGAUAUGAGUACUUGCUGAACAUUUCCCGGUUCAGUGAUUACAUCCAGGCUCAAAUUGCAGCAGCUUUGUAUAAUUUGAGGGAGUUUGAUGAAGCUGAAGUAGUUUUUGAAGAACUUCUUAGAACUGAUCCAUAUCGUGUGGACGCCAUGGACAUAUACUCAAACCUAUUAUAUGCGAAGGAGUCCUUCUCUGCCCUGAGUUUUCUUGCCCACAGGGUGUUUUUGACUGACAAAUACCGACCUGAAUCAUGCUGCAUAAUUGCUAAUUAUUAUAGUUUGAAGGGGCAACAUGAAAAAUCAGUCAUAUACUUUAAGAGAGCAUUGAAGCUUAACAAAAAAUACUUAUCAGCUUGGACCCUCAUGGGGCAUGAGUAUGUUGAAAUGAAGAACACACCAGCUGCAAUUGAUGCGUACAGAAGAGCUGUUGAUAUAAAUCCCCGGGAUUAUCGUGCUUGGUAUGGUUUGGGGCAGACGUAUGAAAUGAUGGGGAUGCCUUUCUAUGCACUUUAUUACUUCCGUAAAUCUUCUUAUUUGCAGCCUAAUGAUGCUCGGUUAUGGAUUGCUAUGGCUCAAUGCUAUGAGAGUGUACCACUUCAGAUGCUUGAGGAGGCGAUUAAGUGUUACAUGAGAGCUGCAAACUGUAAUGAUAGGGAGGGAAUUGCACUACAUCAGCUGGCAAAGCUGCAUAGUGUUCUUGGGCGCUCCGAACAGGCUGCAUUUUAUUACAAGAAAGAUUUGGAGAAAUUGGAAGCUGAUGAGAGACAGGGACCAAAUAUGAUUGAGGCUUUAUUAUUUCUUGCUAAACAUUGCAAAGCUGAAAAAAGAUUUGAAGAAGCAGAAAUGUACUGCACCAGGCUUUUAGAUUACACUGGACCGGAGAAGGAAACCGCAAAAAACCUUCUGCGAGGACUGAAAAUAGCUCAGUCUGCUUUUCCAUCAAUGGACAUCGAUCAUUUUGCUCCGUGAUUCAUCUCUUCAUUGGUCACCACAUGAGUUGUGCACUACUGUAGAAUUCGUCCUGUUACCAAUCUCACAAUUAUUUACUCACACAGAUUGUAGACAAACUGAAGAUUU